AUGUUUCUCGCCGUGUUCUAUAUUUUUCUACAAAUUACUCUGGUACACGCCGAUGAAAAAAUCAUCACCAGUACUGAAAGUGGUAACCAAGUUUGCGAUAUUGAUAGUUCAUGUAAUACGACAACAAUAACAACAGCAGUAGCGGAAACCGAAACAGAUAAAACCAACUUGACCGAUAAAUGGAAAUAUAACGUAACCGAAACGAAUUCUGCAAACGAUACGAUCAUAAAUAUUUUUCAUUUGAAUGAUACGUCGAUUUCGAAUAAUAAUAUCUCGGAUUCGAGUAAUCAACAUAAUAAUCAAUCAUCGGCAAACGUCGAAAAUAAAUCCACCAAUACGAAAUACCAGAUUAAUUAUAGCGAAGACUGCGAAUGCGAUGUGACGAGGGGCAGUUGUGAUAUGAAUUGUUGCUGUGAUCGAGAUUGCUCGCACGUGAAUCGAGACGUAUUCAAGAAUUGUGUCGGAGUGAAGAGCGCCGAAGACGAUAAAUAUUGUCCUACUAAAAUACUAAACUCACCCCUAUUAUGCGUCGUGAAAGAUAAUCUGUACAGUAGACACUUUUAUCCUCAUCAUCGGAUUGCAGAAGAACCUUCGAAUGUUGAUAAAUUACUCAGAAACAGAGAAGCUUACAGCUGGUCGUUUCCAAUCGCACCUCCGGAAGAACCAGAAAUUGAUCAAAGUUUCGAACCUUAUGAGCUAUCGUCUCCUGUUUGGAUCCAUGAUGGAGAAUCGGUGCAAUUUUUUCAGCUUCCUAAAUCCACAAUAAUGUCACGAGACUGCUCGCAUAAGGGAAUAAUGAAAUACCUCGAAGAUUUCGAAGAAACUUGUACUCAUCGUGUAACAAAUGUAUCGGCCAGCGACUGCAGCAAUAAUUUAUCCAUUUUCAACGCAGCUAAUUAUUUUCAAAAUUUUUCUUUCGUAUCAAACCCUGUUUUGAUGAAUACAACUUCUAACUGUUCGCAACACAACUGUAUCAACGUAACGACAUUCAUUUGCGAAACUGACGACUCCCUAACGUGCCUUAAAAUCAACUCAUCAACGAAGCUAACCUCGUACUCAUCCUCGAGUAAAAUCUGCCAGCAAGCUGUCUCUUCAGUCCACUAUGCCAUACACCAUAAUGGUACCGAAGGCAUAACAUCGGUCUUUCUUUAUCUUCAACUGGGUGAUAUUGUCUUCAAAGAGAAUCUUUUGUGGGCUCUGAGCUUCAAAUUGAGUUACCACUGGGCAGGUCAGGGUCACUCGUUCCAGCUCAGUGGAUACCCAGGGUAUGUACUGGAAAGGCCUAUCAUCACCGGCUAUAAAGUCUACCAAGCGCUGAAAGAUAAUAAGACUAUGGAAAGCAUGAAGAUGAGUUACAAUAGGCACGAUUGGUUAACCGUAUUUCGUACCAAUAGCGACGGUUCUUGUUUAAAAUUGCAAAGGGAAAAUAUCAAAUUUCGCGAGAAUCUUUAUACCCAUUGCUUUCUCGAUGUGCCAGUUUCGAGAACUAUGGAAAGCUGCGAAGCACUUCAGAAUGAGAUUUACGAUAUAAUAUUCGGUCUCAGUAUAAACCUAUCGAACGUCUACAUAUCCACGACUGGCGAUCCGGAUACCACCGAUAAGAAAAAAUGGGCUCCAAUUUUAUUAGAUCUGCCAUCGAAUAUACUCAACGAUUCGUGCCACGGAUUAGUAACAGCGAUGAAAAUGGUAAUCCUGCAUUCGAUCGUCGGUGACUACGACGACCCUCAGCAAAUUAUAAUGGGAGUUAAAGUGAGUGGAAAAUCAUCGCAUAGGAGUAUUCUGAAAACGAACAAAAUCAAGAUAUCUUUUUCCGUGAAUUUCCACGACGUCACCAACUCUCCGUUGAGGAUUUUCGCCGAACCGCCUACUUACGAAAUUAAACUUCCGACAGACUUUUUCUAUCCUUUUUUCUCCAGUGCAAUGGCAGUACCAAAGAUGUCCAUUAUUCUAGGAUCGGUAUUAGCUUUCGUAUUGUUUUAUACGAGGUAACAUUUUCGCAUGUUCGAGUGUUUGUUUUUCUCUUGUAAGGAAUACCUACUUAGUACCUACCUAUUUGUUUAUGGACGUCGUUAUUCUCUUACCUUUGAAACUAAAUGUCAAUUGGCAGCGAUCGAUUGUUACAUCUUCCAUUAAAUGCCAUUAAUCUAAUCGCUCGAUGCAAGAAGUACCCCUAAUGUUUUUCAAUUUUAUUCUACGUGUACGAAUUCACCAUUUUUUUUUUCAUGUGUUGUAAAUCUAAUUGUAAGUCUACUUUUGAAUUUUAUAUUCAUCUUGCUUCAUUUUAUUAUACUUCGCAUUGUAUUUCUGCUUAUUUUAAUAGCUAUACUUUAUUUACUAAUGAAUUAUCAUCUAUAGUUAAUUCAAUCUACUCAUCUGCGUAAUUUAUGCUAAUAAUUUAUUUCCAAAAACAACGAUUCAAACAGCGAAUCUUUCACCAAGUAGGUGAG